CAGGCGUUUUGGAACUUGUUUGGAUCUCUGUGGGACAGUGGCCUUCCAGAACCAGACACUGCUCGAUUAAGUCUGAUUCAUGUCCGAAUCAUUCUGACCGAACCGGUUCAACUGAUUCACUGAAAAGAUCCAACUUAAAAGAAUCACCGCCAGAGUUCAAAUCCCCAUCGCUUCUGAGAGAGCAUAAACAUGGCCACGAGGAAAUAUUUCCGCAGAUCAAUUGAGGAAAGAAAGCGUAUACUCGAGAAAUAUGACCAGCUUCCUCCAAUGUCCCAAAGAGCUGCAGCGUGUCUGCUAAACAUCUCAGGGCCGCUGCUUUGCAUCUGGCUCCGGAAAAGGAAUAUUAAAAAUACCAAGUCUAAGACGCCUCGUGUAACGUUAGAAGCUGCACUCUGGAGGUGGAUCGAUACUUCUCGUGAGAACGGAAUUGCAGUAGAUGAUUCAACGAUUCGUAAAAAAGCGACUCUGGUGGCUACAGAAAUGGGCCUCUGUCAUUUCAGUGCGAGCACAGAAUGGUUGGCACGCUUCAAAACACGGGAGACGGUAAUACGAAAGAUGUUCCAGGUCGACCGAAAAACGGGAGACGCACCAAAAGAGCCCAAAUCCGGUAACGAUAACAAAGCGGCGGAGCCUAAAAGCAACCUUACAGCCAAAAAGACGCAUCGAAUCGAAGCUGCACUGUGGCGAUGGAUCGAUCAUUCUCGUGAGAGCGGCAUCAGCGUAGAUGAAUCGACGAUUCGUUCAAAAGCGGCUCGGUUGGCCAGGACUGUGGGUUUCCGUAACUUCAGAGCGAACACCGAGUGGUUCAGCCGCUUUAAAACACGAGAAGGAAUCGUACGAGCGAUGUUCCGGAUCGGCCGAAAUAAUCGAUCUUCUGAUAAUAAGACGGUGGCACAAUCGGUUCCAAGGAUGGAUUUCACAUCUACAGAGACGCGACAGCUUGAAGCCGCGCUUUGGAGAUGGAUCGAUCAUUCUCGAGAGAACGGGAUUAUUACAGAUCAGAUGAUUCGUUCAGAAGCGACUCGGUUGGCUAGGAUGAUGGGCUUCGGUAGCUUUCGCGCAAGCGCAGACUGGCUCAACCGAUUUAAAACCCGUGAGAAAGUUGUACGAGAGACGUUCCAGUUCGAACAGUGUUCAGAAAGUCCUCAAAGCGACCAAACCGAGGACAGAAGUGCGUCUGAUCAAGUUACCCAACAAUCUGACGACGAGAGCAUAACGGACCAGUCUAGCGAUGAACGCGACGAACUAACGGAUCUGGACGUCCCGAAACUCGACCCGGUGGUGGUCACGGCUGAGCUCAACGGUGACUUACACACGGCCACUGUACCCUCACUGUGGCAAAUGAAGGAGGCUAUGAAAACACUGGCUACCGGGUUACUGUACAGAGGAUUCUGCGACUUUAAACUUCUUCAUCAAUUUGAAAAGGAGGUUAACACUGUUUUGAGAAGAUCUGUGGCCCUAGGAGCCCACAACGGCUUUCAAACAUACAAUUCUGGGACUUAAGUGUGUUUUUAGUAGAUUAUGUAGUGUAAAUAUAAUCGUGUUUACACGAUCAUAACGGGACAGGUGCAACACGGGUUCUCUCGGGUGACCACAUGGGGGCGCCAAUUGCUUGCUAUAACACAUUCUCAUUUGUUUUUACCCAGUUUUUAUUUUGCAGCAUUAAUGUUACAUUAUGAAGGUGCUCGAGUUGUCCUACGAUUUUGGUUUAAAUGUUUAAACACUGUUAAAUG